AAAAACGCCUUUAUUGGCGAGUAUGUGAAACACUUUGCCAAGUGCAGCGCGCAAACACUAGCCAUAAGCUCGUGCUGCUAACCUCAAUAGUAGCGCGCACUCGUUCCGUUCUGCCAGGCUUACAUGACAACACUUAUAUCGGCUGGCGUGCCAUCUGUCGAGAAACGGGACACAUAUCUCAGGUUUUCUAAACUAGAGCUCCCAAAUGAAGGGAUGCAGCGCAGUGAAUGGGAGAGAAUAAUGCGGGAGUAACUCAGGGAUGUUUUGCCAGGACUGAAGGUUUGAUGCCCAUCCACAGGCUCGUGUUUUGAUUAGUUUGGAGGCGAUCGCUCCUGCGUGAAUCAUUUACCGCAAAGUUAACCAGCUGGACUAUCGACGAGCAAUAUGCGGUUGUUGGUUGGUUUUGUUUUUUCAACUUGUUGGCUUUGGGAAGCGUCGCUUUCUCGCGUUUACACAAAUCACUGGGCUGUUCGGAUCCCUGAAGGACCAGUGGAAGCUGAGAAACUCGCUUCAAAAUAUGGCUUUACUAAUUUGGGUCAGAUCGGAGGACUGGAGCACCAUUACCAUUUCCAUCACAGCAGGGUGGUCCGCAGAUCCACCUUUGCCACCAGAGGUGCUCACAGCUUCAUUCACAUGGACCCGAAGGUUGACUGGGCGCAGCAGCAGGUGGUGAAGACGCGAGUCAAACGUCACGCCAGGAGCGACCCGAGUUACAUCCACUUCAACGAUCCCAAAUGGUCCAACAUGUGGUACAUUCACUGUAGUGAUAAAAACAGCCGCUGCCGUUCAGAAAUGAAUAUCCUUGCGGCCUGGCAGAGAGGCUACACUGGUCGAAAUGUGGUCGUCACCAUCUUGGACGACGGUAUUGAGAGGAACCAUCCGGAUCUGGCGCAGAAUUAUGACCAGCUGGCGAGCUAUGAUGUGAAUGGAAAUGACUACGACCCGACCCCACGAUAUGACUCCAGCAACGAGAACAAACACGGGACACGAUGCGCAGGUGAAGUUGCUGCUGUAGCCAACAACUCCCACUGCAUUGUGGGCAUAGCCUACAACGCCCGCAUAGGAGGUGUCCGAAUGCUUGAUGGAGAUGUGACUGAUGUGGUGGAGGCCAAAUCUCUGGGAAUAAGGCCAGACUACAUCGACAUUUACAGUGCCAGUUGGGGCCCCGACGAUGACGGGAAGACCGUGGAUGGGCCGGGGCCUCUGGCCAAACAAGCCUUUGAACUGGGAAUUAAAAAGGGCCGUAAGGGUCUUGGCUCCAUCUUUGUUUGGGCGUCUGGUAACGGGGGCCGGCAGGGCGAUCACUGCUCCUGCGAUGGCUACACCAACAGCAUCUACACCAUCUCCGUCAGCAGCAGCACGGAAAACGGCAACAAGCCCUGGUACCUGGAGGUCUGUUCCUCCACCCUUGCCACCACGUUCAGCAGCGGAGAGUUCUACGACCGCAAAAUAGUGACCACAGACCUGCGGCAGAGAUGUACUGAUGGACACACAGGCACCUCUGUAUCUGCACCCAUGGUGGCUGGUGUCAUCGCUCUCGCUCUGGAGGCAAAUCCUCUGAUAACCUGGAGAGAUGUCCAGCAUCUUCUCGUGAAGACGUCCAGACAGGCUCACCUGAAAGCCAGUGACUGGAAAACCAAUGCAGCCGGACACAAAGCCCUGAGUCUAGAGCAAUGUUCCCGGAGAACAUCAGACAGCCAGGGGGCAGAGGAGGUGGUGCGUGCUGGCCUGGAUGAAAGGGGGCAAAAGUUGUCUAAGCAAUAUGUUAGAGUGGAGCAAAGAAUGUCAGUAUGUUUGAGUCCAGUGCUGAAAACUGAGAGGAUGGAGGAAGUGAGGAUGAAACCGUACAUUCGAGCAGAUCAGAAGCUGAAUGCCAGCAUCUCGAGCAGCGGCUGCAGCGAUCAGCCGGAUCAGCAGGUGGUGUUUCUGGAGCACGUGGUGGUGCGCGUCCUCAUCGUCCACCCGCGCAGAGGAGACCUGGAGAUCGGCCUUGUAUCCCCCUCAGGGACGCGAUCACAGCUGCUGGCUCAGAGAUUGUUUGAUAACUCCAACGAGGGCUUCAGGAACUGGGAGUUCAUGACGGUUCAUUGCUGGGGGGAGAGAGCGGAGGGUACGUGGACGCUGGAGAUUUCAGACUCGCCGUCUCAGCUGCGUAACCCUGAGGUGUUGGGUAAGCUGAAGGAGUGGACACUAAUCCUUCACGGCACGGCUGAGCACCCCUACCAAUCCCAGGGUUCCCAGCACUCGCGCUCCAGGAUGCUGGAGAUUCCCACAGCAGGCAAGGAGCUGAAAAACCCAGAUUCUGUGCCAGGAGCCCCUGAGCAUGAAGAGGAGGAAGAGGAGGAAUAUAACGGUCCGUGUCAUCCUGAAUGUGGAGAUCAGGGCUGCGACGGAGCAGACGCCGAUCACUGCCUCAACUGCAUUCACUUCAGUCUGGGCAGCCUCAAGACCGGCAGGACGUGUGUAAGUCACUGUCCGCUGGGUUAUUUUGAGGACGGAGAGGCCCGCAGAUGUCGCCGCUGUCACCGAGGCUGUGAGAAGUGUGUGGCUCGUGGGCCGAACGAGUGCCGCUCCUGCCGGAGAGGGCUCUACUUCUACUCGAAGGAGAGCACCUGUGUGGAGACCUGUCCCGCCGGCUGCUUCCACGACGACGACGAGCCGUACUGA